UAGGUCUGCAGAAAGCUUGCUCUCUCUCUGCAGUGUCUGCACACAGCAAGCCAAGGAAGAUGCCUCCAAGAACAUCCCCAAAAGUCUACCAAAUUCUGGCCAAAACACACCAAGUCACGAUAUUCCUAACGGUCCCCCAAUCCGCAACGAUUGCGUUUCUUAAGGAUGAGGCGUUGUCUGCACUCACAUCUCGCGUCGCAACUGAGGAUGACAGCUUCCCUCACAUUCAAAGCACAGAUGACUUCGAGCUGGCACGUGGAGUAAAAGAGAAGGACAAGAACAAGUCAGGGGUGACUUAUGAGGCCCUUGAGGCAAACAAGGCUGUCAGAGGGCUUCUAACAAACUGGGAGGUACUAUAUUUUCAAUUUAGAGACGAAGAAGGCAAUUUGAUACCAGUCGAAGUCUCGCAGCCCUCUCUCCUAGAUGACGAGGAGGAAGAGCCUCCCAUGAAUAAAGGCAAACGCAAGGCGCUAUCCGAGUAGUCAUCUUACGCCACACGACGUUCUGGAUAUUGUAUUCCAAGGAUACACUACGAAGAGCAUGCAUGGAAAGGAAGAGUCAGAUCAGAUUACUGCAGCCAGUAUUAUGACUGCCAUGGGCGCGAGGUGUAUGGGAGCAAUGCAGCAGCUACCCGCCGGCCCUCUUCCGCGAGCAAAUUAUAUGUCGAG